AUUUGAAGCUUAAUUAUUACGAUCCAUAUGAAAAUGAUGCAGUUCGAAUGGCAAAAAAGCCUGGUCAUAUUCCAGAAUGUCAAUUUAGAGAGCUACUCAAAUAUUAGAAUUCUGAAAAAUUCAAGAAAAUGUCUGAAACAAAUGCAAAGAAUCGAAAAAAACUGAUGAAUCCACACACUGCUGGCAAAAAGAGUUUCGCUUUAGUUCGUAAUAAGCUGGAGAAAGAUAAGGAGACAGUAUCAUCUAAGGAUAUCUUUGUGGUUACAAGAACAAGAAAACCUGGGCGAUCGUACAAGGCCUCAAAUGAAGAUACUACUAGUAAAAUUGAAAUGCAAGAGAGGAUGCAGAAAAUGGAGAAACAAAUGGAGGAACAAAAGAAAAUUGUGCGACAAGAAGUUAUUGCAAAUGUUAUUGCACAACUUAAGUAUGCGGGAUUAAUUGAUCCUAACAUAUUGGCAGCAUUGUCGACUCCUUCACCAAGAGAAUCUACUUCUGUUCAAGGGGCUAAACAAGGUGACGAAAUCGAAGAAGGCAAUGAAAGCAAUAGUGAAGACUUAACAUAGGAGCUGAAGUAUAUAUUGAUGUAAACUUUAUUGAUGUUCUAGAAAUCAUAUGUUUUUGAAGAUUGAAAAUUCUAUGGCAUGUGUUUCACCUUUUUUGAAUGCUAUAAAAUGAUUUGUACAUUUUGCUUUAA